AUGCCCUUCGUCGAAGUCAACACCCACAAAAUCCACUACGCCGACUCCCACCCCGACGGCGCCCCUUCAAACGGCCUUACCUUCAUCUUCAUCCAUGGCCUCGGAUCAUCCCAGAACUUCUACUACCCCGUGAUUCCCUACCUCACUCCCAAACACCGCUGCAUCACCCUCGAUACCUACGGCGCCGCACGCUCCGAAUAUACCGGCCAGCCCAUCUCCAUCGCGUCCAUUGCGCAGGAUGUAGUCUCAGUGCUGAGUAAGUUUCAGGUUCCCCAGGCCGUGGUUGUCGGGCAUUCGAUGGGUGGACUUGUCGUGACGCUGCUGGGCGCGAAUUAUGCGGAUCGCGUCAAGGGAAUUAUCGCAAUUGGGCCUACUCACCCGUCAGAGACGCUGGUGAACGUUAUGACGAAGAGAGCAGAGACUGUCUCGCAGUCUGGAAUGGAACCAAUGGCCAACACAAUCCCCUUUGGCGCAACCGGCACCGGCGCCUCCGCCCUUUCCAAAUCAUUCAUCCGCGAACUCAUCCUAAACCAAACGCCCAAGGGCUACGCCGCGCUCUGCAACGCCAUCGCCUCCGCUCCGUCCAUCGACUACUCCGCCAUCAACAAGCCCUUUCUACUGAUUGCGGGCGAAGAGGAUAAGUCUGCUUCGUUGGAUGGGUGCCAUUUUAUUUUUGACAAUGUGCAGGGAAAGGAGAAGCGGAUGGAGGUGCUUGCGGGGGUUGGGCAUUGGCAUUGUGUUGAGGCGCCGGAUCAGGUUGGGAGGGCGGUUUUGGAUUUUGUGGAGAAUGGGCUGUAG